AUUAUUAAUUUUAAACAUUAAUUUACCUUAACUGCGCAAUAAAUGCCUCGAACGGGACUUGGUAUACGAGCUAAGAGGCUGCUGACUAACACAACACGACCUUUCGAUCUUCUGAUCAGAGGUCUUGGUUACAGUAAAUUCUUGUGAAGGAUAUAAAUUUUUGACGAAAUAAAUUUAAUACGGUCGAACAAAUUAGAGAAGUGCGGACUCUUCGUGAUCACCUUCUAGCAAUUCGAAGCAAUAUGUCAGAAACAGCAGGAAUAUCGCAGGGAUUGGGCAAUCCUUACAAAAUUGUCGAUUAUGCCAGAGAAAAACGAAAGGGGAUCACUGCUUCCUCCCUGAAGGAAUUAACCAGUAUCGCACGAAGCCGGUUGUCGUUGCCUUUGGAUGCAGAACUUACAAUUGUUUUAGAACAAGAUGGCACUGAAGUAGACGACGAAGAAUAUUUUGCAACAUUAGAAAGGAACACUAGUUUAAUGGUGCUAUAUGGUGAUCAGAAAUGGGUGGCAGCAGGAAGUAGUAAAGCUGCUUCUCAUUACAUAGUUGUCGACGAUGUAGAUAAUGUAGAAGGUGGAUCGAGAGGAGAUGAAGUCAGAAGACGUCGCCCGCCGAUAGAACCGUUAGUCUCAUCAUUGCAUGGCGAUCCUUCCCAUAUAUCAUUACUUGGUGGAAAUGAUUUAGAAUUACUUAGUGAUAUGGAUCCAGACAGCUUAGCUGAUAUAGUGCCUGACAGAAUAUUCUUGGAACAAUUAAAAGAAGCCUCAGGUAGAUUUCUGGCUGAAAAACGACAAGCGCAGGAGUCAAUGGCUCUUCUUCAGAUGUAUGCAAGUGGCGGAGAGAUGGAGCGAGCGUAGGCCAUGUGGGGGGUGGGCGC